GACUACAUCCUUCCCCCUACUCUGUGUAGUGAAAGUUACGUGACUGAGGAGAUGUCUUUUGAGGAAAUGUUGAGCAUUGGGGGGAGCGAGGAAGUAAGGAUGCUGGAGUACAGCGAUGUAAGUGUAGAGGGUGAGUCGUUUGGGUCUGAGCAUACAGAGGGAGGGGUAGGUAGAAAUGAAGUUGUUGAGGGUGGGGCAGAAGAGGUGCUUGUCAACAUAUUGGAAGUGGGAGAUAGGAGUGAUAAGUUUUACAAUACUAGGGUAGACAUUGUGUUUGAGGCCUACCGGAGUGAAAGAAAGGGCAUGCUCUGCACCCCGGGAUCACUAGAUGCCAGUGGCGAUGGGGAAGUAGAGGUUUUGUCUACCUGGAAGGCUAAAAGGGCCAACCAAAAUAAGUAUAGUUUAAAUAGUGAUGAGGAGGAAGAAGUAGAGAAGCUGGUGAGAAAGGAGGGUGACAUAAUAGAUAUUAUGUUUCUCACCAGCUCGGAUGUCAUAGAAGCAGCUGAGCUUUAUGAGCUGAGCUCAAUGAGCGAAGGUGUGUUGGUAUCUUGUGUAAUGUGUUGCUGGUGGGGUGGUAUUCCUAAGAAGCCAAGGAAGAAGUCCAAGACUUUGGAGAAGGCUACAAGUGGGAAAAGAGAUGGUAACACGGAGAAAGGGCAGAUGUCAAGUACAAAAGCCCGAGCUGCAGAGGAGGUGGAGCUAAGGUCCAAAAGGAAGAGGGAUAAAGUGGAUCAAGCUCAAAAGAAAAAGAGGAAAGUGGUGGAGGAGAAGGUCAGGGGGGACGAGGUAGUGGAAUUCGUACCUUGGCCUGUGCCUGUUGAGCUUUAUCCAGACCUCAGAGAGACCGAGGUCAUUGCCCCUAGUAAGGGUAAAGCAUUUGUUCCCACGCCUUCUCUCCAGAGCAGCAUUUUUGGGAACAAAAACUUCUCCGUGGCAAAGAAUUUUAUCAACGCCUAUGUGCCUGAGGUGGAUCAUUGUAAAGCGAGGGAGGAAGCCUUGGUACAUGGAGGGACCUCAGUCGUGAGGCAUGCUCUGGAGACUGCAACUUGGGUUAAUGUGCUAGCCCAAGAAGAAAUGGAGAUCAUGAAGGAGCGCAACAGCCUGCAGAGGGAAAGGGAUGAGCUGUUGAAGAAGAACGGGGAAAUGAAGAGGGAACUAGAUGUAGUGGUACCAGCAGUGACAAGCUUGCAAGAGGAGAGAGAUACAUUGAAGACGGUUCUCUCAUUCGAAGAGAAGAAAAGGAGAAUGUGUGAAGAAGAGAAUGAAGCACAAGAGGAGGAAAUAAGAAGGAUGAGAGAAUCCGAGGUGGAACUCAAAAAAAAUGUCCAACUGUUGGCCCACAACGGGAUGGAGGAGCAUAUCAGCAACUUUAUCAACUCUAGCUUGUUUGACAACAUUGUCAAUCUGUACCAACUGCCGAUUGCAAUCCUCACCUUCAUUGAUUGCAGAAAGAAGGUGAAAACUGAGUAUCUUGAAGUGGAUAUUACCAAGAUCACCUUUGGCAAACAAGAGGAAGGGGUGGAGGAGAAUGGCGAAAGCAUGUCAGUAGAUUUUCGACCUCAGGUUAAGCUGAGGUGGGAUCAUGAUGAAGAAGGACACGUCGGUUUUCCUCCUAACUUCGAGUUUAUAGUAGUGGAGGAAGAGGAAGGAAAAGCAAAAGGGGCUGAAGUUGAUGAAAGUCAAUCAUCUCCUCCCAUGGAGGUGCAUCCAGUUCCCUUUAAAGAAGAGCAGCCACCUCUCCCAGUAGAGCAGGAGCCACCCUAGCCACUUCCUCCAGCGGAAUAGUUUAGGGAUUUUUUUUUAUUUAUGUAUUUAGGAUUUGAACAAUGAUUAAUGUACACGUUUUUUCAUUUAUUUAAAGAAAAUCUUUUUUUUUUA